UGGUCUUUUGCAUCAAUGUUGUGCAUGUCAUAUUAUCAAUCUCAUAGUCAAGUCUGGUUUGAAGAGGAUCAAGGCUUAUCUUGAGGCUUUUAGGACUGCAAUCUCUUUUUUGAACUCUUCUAAUCAACGCAUUGCAGCUUUCCAUAACUUCUGCAUUGUCAAGGGGGUACGCCCUCGUAAGUUUGGUUUAGAUAUGGAUGUGAGAUGGAAUUCUACAUAUCUCAUGCUCAAACAUCUACUACCUUAUAAGACUGUCUUUUCUGUCUUUAUUUCUGCUCAUUAUGUGCACAAUGGCCAGCCACUUCUGACUGAAAAUCAUUGGGUAAUUGCUGAGAAAAUUUUGCUAUUCCUUGAAAUGUUUUAUGAUUCCACUGUUGCUUUAUCUGGUGUUUAUUAUCCAACAAGUCCUUUGAUGUUGCAUCAUAUUAUUGAGAUUGCUGGCUAUUUGAAUGGCCAAGAUUCUGAUCCAUUGCUCAGAAAUAUUGUUGUUCUCAUGAAGCUUAAGUUUCUCAAGUAUUGGCAGAACAUACCUUUGUUGUAUUCCUUUGCAUUCAUUUUGGAUCCUAGAGCCAAGGUGAGAGGUUUUCAUAAUGUUCUCCAACUUCUUUCUCAGACAGUUGGUGUUGAUUACUCUUCUUAUUUCAUUGAGGUAAGAACUCAAUUACAUAAGUUGUUUAACAAGUAUGAAAACAAGUUUGGUGCAGUUCGAUCGCAAAGGCCCGCUCAACCUUCAGCUGCUACUGGUAAGAAAAGAACAGCAUGGGGUAAGAUCUUUGGUGGUCCUGGUUCAUGUGGUUCUCCUGUUCUUUCAUCUACACCUCCUAUAUCUCCUACUUCAGAGCUAUCAUCCUACUUGGACAGUGAUACUAUUACUUGCUAUGACGAUGACUUCAACAUACUUAGUUGGUGGCAUGAGCACAAGCUAUCCUAUCCUAUUUUUUCCAUACUUGCUAAAGAUGUUAUGUCUGUUCGAGUUUCCACUGUUUCUUCGGAAUCUUGUUUUAGUCUAACUGGCAGGGUGAUUGAGGAGCGGCGCCGACGGUUGUUGCCGGAGACGGUGGAGAUGCUAACCUGCCUCAAGGAUUGGGAGUUGGGAGAUGCAAGGGCCCAACAUGAUGUUGAGAAGGAGGUCAAUGAACUGGAGGAAACUUACAAAAGCCCCUACCCAGACAUGGAUGAAGGCCAAGCUAGUCAGCCUACCCCAGGAGCAAGCUGAACUGUUGGAGGGCUGGAGGAUGAAGCUGAAGCCUGUUGCCUGUUGGACUUGGACUGUUGCGGUGUUGCGUGAAUGCCUGUUGGUGUUGGCUUGGCCAGUUAUUCAAAGAUGUUAUGUCUGUGUGUGUGUCUCAAACUCUCAAUGUCUGUAGACUGUAAUGUUGAAUUGAACUAGUCUUGAGCUGGCUGUACUCUUUUUCCCUUCCUAGGGUUUUCUCACAAGGGUGAGUUUUUACAUAGGAAUAUUUUUAAUGAGGCAGCCAACACUUGAUCACAUAGAUCAAGCGUUAACAGCUCUAAUA